AUGGUGGGAAAGCUUGAUGCCAAUCAACAGGAAGGUGCUACAGUGGAUGUGGAGGCGUUGGAUAAAAUGAUUGAGGAUACAAUGGGAGCAUGCAAGAGAACAAGGGCUAAUCUGAAGAAUAAAUCUAUUAGUUGGGGCAUUCUAGAGUUGAAGAAGAUUACUUUGAACAUGACUCGGCGGGAAACGGAAACCGGUGAGGCCCUUAAGAACUUAGUAGUUCUUCGCUUUGUAAUUUGUGUCUGUUUCUUGGGCUUUACUGCUGCGAAAUGUGUUCCUGAAAUGUGUAGUUCGAUGAAUGUGAGUUACCCUUUCUGGAUCAACAAUUCUGACUGUGGACAUCCCGAUUUUCAGAUCGCAUGCACAGAGGACGAGGAUACUGGGAUGCUCUCUCCAUACUUCACUGCCUUUGGAACUUUUUCUAGUGGUUUACAUACUAAUGGUAUUCUAGAUAAUGUUACAGAUAUGUCUUUUGAUUUUAACUCUUCGAAGAUUAUGGAUAUCGAUUAUGAGGGUCACCUCAUCAUAAAUUCCUCUUCUAUCAAUGCCAUUUCUUGUCAUUCAAAGUUUGGUUCGAGGAACUACUUUGAGCUACGUUCAGGUGGGCCUUUCACUCUUUCAAACUCCAAUAGGUUAGUGGUUUUGGGCAACGAAACAUUCGGUACCUACAGUUUUGGAAAUUUGGGGGAGGAGAGAUGUGUAACAAUGAACCUUCAAAGUGAUCAACCAUACUGCCGCUAUGGCUGCUGCGAAAUUAACCUCCCUGAUAAUUUGCCCUUUGUAAAUUUCACUGGCGGAGGUGUGUUUCAAUUGCCCCAUGGUGACGGUAGUUUAUCGUGCGGCUUCUCCACCAUAAUGGACCCCUCCACCUUCACCAUCGUCGACAAUGAAACAUACCUCUUUUCGAGAGAUGGAAGGUUGCCUUAUUAUGGUCUUCGACUUAACUGGGGUAUCGGCCUUGAGAAUUGUUCCACGUCUAAAGCAACGGGCGAUUAUUCUUGCUCCUCCAAAGCACAAUGCCUUGACUCGUCCUCAGGGAAAGGGCACGUAUGCAAAUGUCUCCCUGGAUAUGAAGGAAAUGGUUACCUCAAUGGCACCGAUUGCACAGAUAUAAAUGAAUGUGAUCAUAUAAUCGGCCGGAGUAUGUGCGUUGGAACAGAGGAAGGGGGAAUGUGUCAUAAUUUGGCAGGUUCCUACAACUGUUCGUGUGCAAAUGGAUAUGUGGGAGAUGGAUUUACAUUUGGGACGGGAUGCAAGUCCACAAUUUCAAAUCGCAUUGUCUUUACUGCAAUCAUAGGGUCUUUCUCUUUGUUUGUGGUUGUCUCUUUAGCAGCGUCUCUUUUGGUUUGGUUGCUAAAGAAGCGUCACUUGAAACUUGUGGAGGCCAAGUAUUACAAGAUGUUGCAGCAACAUAUAGCUUCUACAGUGGGGAGAGAAAGCCUGAGAAUUUUUUCUGCCAAAGAACUGGCAAAAGCUUGUAAUAAUUAUUCAAAAGAAAUGGUAUUGGGAAGUGGUGGCUUUGGAACUGUGUUCAAAGGCAUUCUAUCAGAUGGCACUCUUGUGGCCAUUAAAAAGUCCAAGCAAGCUUUAAAUCUGGAGGAUGAUCAUGAGUUUCUUAAUGAAAUUACAAUUCUGUCCCAAAUAAAUCACAGAAAUAUAGUGAAAUUGUUAGGAUGCUGCAUCCAAACUAAAUUCCCUUUGUUGGUAUCUGAAUUCGUUCCCAAUGGAACACUCUUUCAACAUUUACACUCCAAAGAAGGGUCUUUGCCUUGGGCUUCACGUCUGCAAAUUGCAAUUGAGACGGGAGAGGCUUUGGCAUAUCUGCAUUCUGCAGCAUCUCAACCCAUUUUCCACCGAGAUGUGAAAUCGUCUAAUAUUCUUUUGAAUGAUAGAUUUUCUCCCAAAGUUGUGGACUUUGGGAUUUCUCGUCUCAUCUCCACUUCCUAUAACACACAUGUCACUACAUUUAAUAUAAAGGGCACAAGAGGAUACUUGGAUCCUGAGUUCUUUCAAACAUCUCAACUCACUGAAAAAAGUGAUGUAUACAGUUUUGGUGUAGUCUUGGUUGAGCUUUUAACAGCUCUGAAAGCCAUUUCUCUUGCAAGGGACAGCGAGGAGAUGAGUUUAUCUAGUCUUUUUUUGUCAAGACUCGACCACGAUCGCCUGACAGAAAUCUUAGAUAACAGAGUACUGGAAGAAGAAAACCUCCAAGAGAUGGAAGAUAUGGCAAGGAUAGCAAGAAAAUGCCUUCAUUUAGAAAGGAGGAAGAGACCAUCCAUGAAAGAGGUGGUGGAAGAGCUUUUUUGGGUAAGAGACGGCACAAGAAAGAUGAAAUUUGAGGAGAGAAGUAUUUCGAGAGAAGCAUCACGAAAACCAUACGAAUUCGACCAUUACACUUUUUCAUCUCUAGAUGGGAGUACUGCAGUGGUUCAGAUGUCAAUCCUGACUCAAUGA